UCUCGCGAUAGUUCUGCGGAGAAGUACGGCAAUUAAAGGAGUUCCCGCGAAACUCUGGAGUCAAGCUGUUUGGUGUCUUACACUUUUAGCUGUCAGAGGGUGUAGACCACUUGUUUGGGAUCUGGAGGCGGAAGGAUGUUGACCCGGCUGAAAGCAGAAUCAGAGAGGAAGCUUGCAAAACAGAUUUGCAAAGUUGUGUUGGAUCAUUUUGAAAAACAAUAUUCCAAAGAACUUGGAGAUGCCUGGAGUACAGUAAGGGAUAUACUAACAUCUCCAUCAUGCUGGCAACAUGCUGUCCUUCUCAACCGAUUCAAUUACCCUUUUGAACUGGAAAAGGAUUUACUUUCCAAGGGCUAUCACAUACUCUUCCAAAGAUCUUUACCCUAUUAUCCUAAAUCAGUAAAGUGUUACCUUAGCAGAAUUCCUGACCAGAUGCCUUCAGAAAGACACCAAACUGGAAGCCUAAAAAGAUACUACCUCCUCAACGCUGCCUCUCUCCUCCCAGUACUGGCUCUCGAAUUAAGGGAUGGAGAGAAGAUUCUGGAUCUGUGUGCUGCUCCUGGAGGGAAGUCGGUAGCUCUGCUGCAGUGUGCUUACCCAGGUUAUCUUCAUUGUAAUGAAUAUGAUAGUCUGAGAUUGAGGUGGCUGAGGCAGACAUUAGAAUCUUUCAUUCCACGGCCUUUGAUAAAUGUAAUUAAAGUGUCUGAAAUGGAUGGCAGAGAAAUGGGAGAUGCCCAGCCUGAAACAUUUGACAAGGUGUUAGUUGAUGCCCCAUGUUCAAAUGAUCGAAGUUGGUUGUUCUCUUCUGAUUCUGAGAAAGCAGCCUGUAGGAUGAGCCAAAGGUGGAAGUUGCCUGUUCUACAGAUAGAACUCUUAAGGUCUGCAAUUAAGGCGUUACGCCCCGGAGGGUUGCUGGUGUACUCUACAUGCACUCUGUCCAGGGCAGAAAAUCAGGAUGUGAUCAGUGAAAUUUUAAAUUCCCACAGUAACAUCAUGCCUGUGGACCUUAAAGAAAUGGCAAGGACUUGCUCCCAAGACUUCACAUUUGCUCCUACCAGCCAGGAAUGUGGGCUCUUGGUCAUUCCAGAAAAGGGCAAAGCCUGGGGCCCAAUGUAUGUAGCCAAAUUGAAAAAAUCAUGGACUCUAUGAAAUUAGUGAUGUGAAUUUUGUAAACCAUGUCAAUGUAUUAUUAUAUUUAUUUUCUGGUCUCUCUACAUGUCAACAUUUAAAUAAUUAUGGAGUUGCUAUCUCUGGGUGUGUUUUGGAAUCCUGUUUAGUUAAUCCUCUGGCAUCUCAGAGAUUAGGCUUGAGAAUUUUCCAGGUGUGUAUUUUUCUAGAAAUAUAUCUAUAACCAUGAUUUAAGGUCGUGCAGAUGGUAUUUGUUGUGUAUAAUAAAUCUGAUGUCUUUUACUUGGCAUUUUGUAGUUAAAUUAGUCUACCUGGUUUUAUGCAUAGAAUGUUUAGAAAUACAUUCUAUCCAUGAUGUUGGUACUUUGAACCUUUAAAAAUGCACAUUUGCUGGCCGUCUUAUCAUUUUUCUCCUUAUAAAAAUAGAGACUCUUCAAGAGUUUUCCUCCACCUUUUUCUGUAAGAAAUGAUUGGUAUUCUGAGACUAACUUCUUAAGCAGCACUAUUUCUGGUUCUAGCAAAAAAGUUUUGUAUUUGCUAAGUUGUUUUUUGUUAAGGACCACCUUCUGUUUACUGCAAAGGUCGGUGACUCUUACGACACCAGUUUUAUUUCUCUACUUUUUUGCAUUCACAGUGACAAACUGAAAGGGUAAAUUAUGCUGAAAGGCCAUUAGAACAGCAGAUUCGCAUGCACAUGUUUGACUGUCGACAUUCAGCUUGUAGAAUAAUGAAGUCUGUCCAGCAGACUAUAAAGCAAGUACUUGAAACAAAACCAGAAUGAUUAAUAACUGCAAUAACUGAACUAUUUUUGGAGAGUUUUGUUACAUAAUUGCAGUUAUAAUGAGAAUUACAGAAUCUGAUUAUCUUACUAGUUGCAAUCUGGAGGGGCUUUUUAUUUCACUCGGCAAUGAAAUGUUAUAUGAGAGUGUGAUGUCACAUAUUAAUGUACAAGAGGGAGCUGCCUACUGAGAGUGGAUUAUACUAUUACCAAAACCCAAUAUAUUUACUAAGUGUCUCUUCCUCUGUAUGUGUAUUUUGGGAACACUGCACACAUUUCUGUAUGUGUACUUGGGGUUUUAGUUUCAGGUUUGGAUCAUGUGUCUUCUCUAGAAAUCACUUCACUUAGAGUCCAAGCAUAGUUUUCCAACUAUUAAGAAAAAGUAUGUAGCAUACUUCAAAAGAUUAUAUCUAUUUGGAAAUAAGCUUUUAAGAAAAAUAAACUCUGACUAUAUAAAAUUCUGUUGAAGUUGAAUCCUUGUGAACUGUUUGUUAUGUUCUGCACACUUACACUAGAACUAUUUGCUCAUUAACUUUGUUUGUUUUGCAAGCAUGUAUAACUGGGUUCCUAUAAUUGGGAAGUCCUAGGCAGAACUCUAGUUUUAUACCUCUAUCCCAUUAACCAUCUUUUUGUAUUUAAUGAAUAUGUUUAAAGAAAAGUGGGAUCUCUUAGACUCAAUCAGAUAUACCAGGUUGAUGUAAAAGAUUAAUGAUAAUGGAAAAGAUAUUUAUGUGUGUGAUUAUUUUUUUUAAUUUGAAAUCCGGGCUUUAGAUAUUAUAGGCUUAAAAAGUGCAUUCAUUCUGAGCACAUUAAUUACAAAGUAAAUUUGUAUAGUGCAUUUUGUUGAAUGUCAUUAUUUUCCCAACAUAUGGCCAUGAAGCCUAUUCUGAGUGCUCAGUGUGCCAUUGGAUUAGAUCUUCCUUUGAUUACUGAAAAAGUACAACUACAUGUAUAAAUAUAUGAAUAUUUAUAUAUGACUGUGCAUAUAUCUGUUUAUAAUAAUACUUAUAAUG